AUGUACGGCCCCCAGCAAGGCCAGCAUUCUCGCCUCAAUGGCGUGCCCGCCGCCCGCCAGAUGGCUCCCCAGAUGUAUGGCUACAUGCAGUCCCAGGGCCAGCAUCAGCACCAGCAGCACCACGGCCACUCGCAACACCAACACCAGCAUCAUGGCCAGCACCAGCAUCUUCACCAGCAUCAACAUCAACACCAGCACCAUACCCACCCGCAACAGCAACAGCAGCACCCCCACCAGCAGACGCAGGACCACGCCGCCAGCUCUGCUUUCUCCUCGGGCAUCCUGUCCAACGUCGCCCCCUUCACCCCGCAGAACGGCGGCGCCGCCGCCCGCGCUCAGCAGGGCCAACCCCUCAGCGAGCACAUGAACGACCAGCUCAAGGCCUUCAAGGAGUCGGAGCGCGCCCACCAGUCCAUGACGGAGCAGCACCAGCCGCAUUUCUUCGCCCGCGCCAAAGCUGCCGAGAACCGCGGCCUCGGCCCCGUCCUGUCCAGCAUCACAACCGCCGCCAACAACAACAGCGAGGAUAAGCCCGUCGAUGGCGAGGAGGAAGAUAGGGGGCGCCCCGUCAUCGUCGAGAAGACCGACGACCGCCAGGACUGGAUGAGCCUCGACUUCAGUGGCCAGGGUCUGCGCGCCAUCUCCAUGACCCUGUUCAACCGCUACGACUUCCUCGAGGAGCUCUACCUCUGCUCCAAUAACCUAACCUACUUGUCACCUGCCGUCGGUCAGCUCCGCAAGCUGCGCCACCUCGACCUGUCCAACAAUCAGCUCACCGAGCUCCCCCCCGAAUUGGGCAUGUGCACCCCGCUCCGCAAGCUGCUCGUCUUCAACAAUCAGAUCCGCGAACUGCCCGUUGAGCUCGGCGCCCUGCACUCCCUCGAACUGUUAGGAGUCCAGGGAAACCCGCUCCAUAACGAGACCAAGCAGAUGCUCGUUGACAACGGCACCAAGGCCUUGAUCAAUCACCUCAAGGAGAAUGCCCCAGUGCCCAUGCCUCCGGAGCCCCGCAUGCCUGUUCCCCUUCUAGAGGGGAUAUCUCCGAGCGCGGAGCGGCUGCGUAUCCUGUCGUGGAACAUCCUGUGUGACAGGUACGCCACGGCUGCCGUCUAUGGCUACACUCCCUCUGGUGCCUUGGAGUGGGAAUACCGCCGGAAGGUCAUCAUGGACGAGUUCCGUGAGCGCGAACCCGACGUCCUAUGUUUGCAGGAGGUUUCAGGCGACGCUUUCGAGUCUUUCUUCAGCCCCGAACUUGCACAGCUUGACUACCGGGGUGUAUACUGGCCCAAAACUCGGGUGACCCACAUGCGGGACAAGACUGAGCAAGGGCGCGUUGAUGGUUGUGCCAUCUUCUACAAGAAUACCAAGUACAUACUGUUGGACAAGCAGCUGGUCGACUUCCGGUCCGUUGCCAUCAACCGCCCUGACAUGAAGGCCACCGAAGAUGUCUUCAACCGCGUCAUGCCCAAGGACCAGAUUGGUGUCUUCUGCCUCUUUGAGUCGCGCGCCACCGGUGCCCGAUUCAUCGUGGUCAACGCCCAUCUGUGUUGGGAGGAGAACCUUGCCGAUGUCAAGGCCGUACAGACGGGUAUCUUGAUGGAGCAGGUUACCAAGAUGUCAGAGAGAUACACCAGGAAGCCCGCUAUCGCCAUGGACGAGAAGAAAUUGGUCCGUUCGACCAUGACGGACGAGCUAUCGGAGCUGACGCCCGAGAAUUCCCCCGUCAUGCCUUCGCCCAGCCAGGAGUACCGCAGUAACACGGACAUCCCCUUGCUCGUCUGUGGUGACUACAACUCGAUCUACAACAGCGCCGUCUACGAGCUGCUGGACAGGGGCAGGGUUGCUCCGGAACAUCCGGAUCUCGCUGGCCAUUCCUACGGAAACUUCACGCGCGACGGUAUCUCGCACCCCUUUAGCCUGCGCUCCGCAUAUGCCCACGUCCGCGGCACCCAGCAGGACCUGACCUUCACGAACUACACGCCGACCUUCUCGGGCGUGCUGGACUACAUCUGGUACUCGACCAACACCUUCGACGCCGUGGAGCUGCUCGGGCCUCCCGACUACCACUACCUGAAGCGCGUGGCCGGCUUCCCGAGCUACCACUUCCCAUCCGAUCACAUCCAGGUCAUGGCCGACUUCGUGUUCAAGGCCCGCAAGGAGAAGAAGGGCGCAGGAGACCACGACAGGGGGGGCGCGUCUUCCAGAGUAUAG